CAGUACUGAAAAAGAAAAAAAAAACCUAUGGCUGUGAUCUUGUUUUUAUUAAUGAAGUAUUUUUCCUCAAAAGAAUAAAGGUAUAUAUUCCCCAAACUUUUUUAGGUGUUCUCAUUUGCUUAAUUUGAUACUCAAUAGUGGUUGCUUCUAAUAGUUUUAUGUUUAUUUUGGGGAAUAAGUAAACUGUUUUUCAUCUAUAUACCAGUAUGGAAACUUUGUUUAAUCAUAUCUUUGAUCAUUUUGUUUGUGUAUUGAGUGUACUGCUCUACUUGAAUAUUUAUGAAAUAAUUUUCUUAUCAAUAAACAGAACACGUCUCAAACAAAAUAAUGCAUGUAUUCUUCUUCCCAAUAAGUCUUAAGUUAUACUGCAUAAACCCAUGGCAUUGUGUGGCUUUGUUAAAUUAUAACAAUAUAAUUAACAUUUAAGAAAUAUGAGGAAAAAAGAAAUAUGAAGGGAACUGGGUUUUAUAAACAUUAAGCAUCUCUAGACAACUCUGAGCUUGCACCAGUUUGCUUCCUAGAUAACAAAACUAUGGGUCCCAUAGUUGCCUGGAAAACUUGGGUUCCAAAGGUGUCUUGAGUAGCAAGUAUGACAAUGUGGUAUGUCUUUUGAUCAAGUUUGGUCCCAAAGGGACCCAAGUUUCUGGGUAAGAUCAAGAAAUCUUCCAUCAAACAAUGAUCAUGUAGUUCCAAUGUAAGUAGGACUUAACUUUGAAGAAACACCAGCUUAAAGGGUCAGGACAGCUGGGUUCUAUGGCAUAUCCUCCUGAAGCAGGAGUAGGAGGAUCACAAGUUUGAAGGUACCCUUGGCAACUUAGUCCUAAUCUAAAAGUCUAAAAAAUAUAAAAUAAAUAAAUAAAAGGACUGGGGAUGUAGCUCAGUGGUAAAAUGCCCUGUGGAUUGAACCCCCAGUACAAAAAAAUGAAUGGAAGAGAAUGAAUAAUGAUUGCAAAAUUUUGAACUCAUACUUUGUCAUACAGAUAUAAGAAUAACAAGAAAAAAAAUUAUCAAAAGAGUUUGGAAUAGCAGACGUAAGAGCUAACCUGUUAAGGAGAAAACUAUACUUGAGUAGUUAUAAAAGGAAAAAUUAUCCUGAAUAUUUUUAGACCAUAAAUAAUUUAUUUAAAAGGAAAUAUUUAGGAUUCAAAAAGUACCUUGAUUUCUACUCAUGAGUAUCUCCAGAGAUUUUUUUUAAUGUCCUAAAGUAGGAAUUAGGUCAGUGGUAAAGCAUCCCUGGGAUCAACCCCCAGUGCAAAACAAAACAAAAAAGUCCUCAGGUAAUUUACUUAAGUGGGCAGUAGAUGUCUUUGGAACCCUUAAAGGACUUCUAUUUUGCAGUCAUUUACCCAAGAAUGAGGUAAGUGUCUUGAGUAGCAAGUAUGACAAUGUAGUAUAUCUUUUGAUCAAGUUCUAUGUUCAGGGCUUGAGUUAGAUUGUGUGGCCAGAGGAGGAGGAGAUAGGGAUGUCUUGGCAGGAUCAUGAAAUGGCUAAGAUAAUGUUUUUAAACUUAGUGGGAGAGAGAAAUGAAAAUAACUAGCCAGAAUAUAAGGCAAUCUAAAGUGCUAAACAGACUCAAGCAAGCUCUGUAAGGAGAAAGAAGUGAUUAUUUCUAAUGGGGGAAGCUGGAGAGAGUUGUGUAAGGAAAGGUGUCAUUGAGGAGGUGGCAAUUGAACUAGGCCUGAAGGAUUUAGGAGAGAAUGCUGGGGAAAUAUUCCAUGGUGAGAAAAUGAGUGCUAAGAGGUGCCAAAGAAGACCACUCCAGAGGAACACUAGGUAUUCAGAUUUCACUGAGAUGAGCCUGGAUUGAUGGAUAAGCCUGGCAAAGGGACCUUGCAACCUAGAGUUGAAUGUCUUGCUGAGGAAUCUGAACUUAAUUCAGGGAACUGAUCACAGCCGCACAUGAGCUUGGAGUUGCCCAUCCUCCUGGCUAUCCUUUGUUCACACUGGUGGCUAAACUAGCAAUUACACUCUUUCCUUUUGGUUCAGUUGCCUACCGAGUCAAUCUUCUCUGUGGCUUAUUUGGAGCAGUAGCUGCAUCAUUACUUUUUUUCACCGUUUUCAGGCUUUCUGGCUCAUAUGCUGGAGGAAUCCUUGCUGCGGGGGUGUUUUCAUUUUCUCGUCUAACAUGGCAGUGGUCCAUCACAGCAGAGGUUUUUAGCUUAAACAAUCUGUUUGUGGGGCUGCUUAUGGCUCUUACUGUACAUUUUGAGGAGGCAGCAACUGCAAAGGAGAGAUCAAAGAUAGCUAAAAUCGGUGCUUUCUGCUGUGGCCUUAGCUUAUGUAAUCAGCACACAAUAGUCCUCUAUGUUUUAUGCAUAAUACCUUGGAUUCUCUUUCGACUUUUAAAAGAGAAGGAGCUAUCACUGGGCUAUUUGUUGAAUUUGAGUCUGUGUUUCUCUGCUGGUUUGCUGCCCUAUAUCUACCUUCCCAUCUCAUCCUACCUCAAUCAUGCCCGCUGGACCUGGGGAGACCAGACAACACUUCGAGGAUUUCUGACACAUUUUCUCAGGGAAGAGUAUGGAACAUUCAGCCUGGCCAAAUCUGAAAUAGGAUCCAGUAUGUCUGAAAUACUGGUUUCACAAGUAAUAAAUAUGAGGACCGAACUAUCGUACAACAUUCAAGCCCUUGCAGUUUGGGCAAAUAUAUGUCUAGCAAGAAAGGAGAGACAGAAUUCACCAUUAGUGUGGCUUUUUACUGGAAUGUUUUGCAUUUAUUCAUUGUUCUUCGCUUGGAGGGCAAAUUUAGAUAUUUCAAAACCACUGUUCAUGGGUGUGGUGGAACGAUUUUGGAUGCAAAGCAAUGCAGUGGUGGCCGUCCUCGCUGGCAUCGGUUUGGCUUCACUUGUGUCUAAGACUAACCAAGUGCUGAAUAGCAACGGGCUUCAGUGUCUGGAAUGGCUUUCAGCAACUCUUUUUGUAGUUUUCCAAAUAUAUUCUAAUUAUAGCAUUUGUGACCAAAGGACCAACACUGUGAUCGAUAAAUUUGCAAAGAACCUUCUAGAUUCUAUGCCACAUGAUGCAAUUAUCUUACUCAGAGGAGAUUUGCCAGGCAAUUCUCUCCGUUAUAUGCAUUACUGCGAAGGAUUGAGGCCAGAUAUUUCAUUAGUGGAUCAAGAAAUGAUGACUUAUGAGUGGUAUUUACCGAAAAUGGCAAAGCAUUUACCGGGUGUUCAUUUUCCUGGGAACCGGUGGAAUCCUGUGGAAGGAAUAUUACCCAGUGGAAUGGUCACAUUUAAUCUUUAUCAUUUUCUUGAAAUAAAUAAACAAAAAGAAACAUUUGUUUGCAUAGGAAUUCAUGAAGGUGACCCAACCUGGAAAAAGAACUAUUCACUUUGGCCUUGGGGGUCUUGUGACAAAUUAGUUCCUUCAGAGAUUGUAUUCAACCCUGAGGAAUGGAUUAAACUCACAAGAAAUAUCUACAACUGGACUGAAGAAUAUGGAAGGUUUGAUCCAUCUUCUUGGGAAUCUGUGGCCAAUGAAGAGAUGUGGCAAGCAAGGAUGAAAACACCAUUCUUCAUCUUCAGCCUGGCAGAAACUACUGAUAUGCCUUCAAAGGUGAAAACUCAGCUCUACUCUCAUGCAUAUAAGCUUUAUAAGGAGAUUGUCUAUUUACAAAAGGAACACCCAGUGAAUUGGCACAAGAACUACGCCCUUGCUUGUGAGCGGAUGCUUCGUCUUCAGGAGAGAGAUACAGACGCUGAAGUCCUGUUGUCUGAAACUAUCAGACAUUUCCGUCUAUAUACUCAGAAAGCACAGAAUGAUCCCCAGCUAGCUGAUAUUUUAGUUGCUCUCAAGCACUUAAGAAAAGAACUGCAAGGUCUGAGAAAUAUGAAAAAUGUGUAAUACAGCAAAAUGGGAAAAACCUGCUCAACUUUCAACUUCCAAAAUUCUGAAGUCCAAAAGUUUUCCUUCAAGAAAACUGCAUAAGAAAUGGAAAACUUAGUGAUUUUUCAGAUCCAAGUAAUAUGGCAACAAUAUUGCUUAAUGAAUGUUUGGUGAUUGAGAUGUGUGCUAUUUAUGCAAAAUUAUAAUAUCCCAUGUUACCAAAUUAGCAUAUCCAUGAGAAGCUUUUGAAAAUUUUUUUCAAAAAUCUUCAACAACCUUAUACCAAACAACUGUACUUGAUUCAGUGAAAUUCUAGAAGAUAAUGAACUACUUUCAUAAGGCCAUGUUUGUCUAUUCAUACCAGACCAAAGACAUUUUCUGUUUUCUGAAAAUGAAAUAGUUUUUUAAAGGAAUGGAUCUCUCUAUGCUCUAAAUUACAAUUCCUUUUUCUUUAAGUAACUAUUGUUGUUGUGUAAUCAUACUUCAAGCUACACAGCAAGUAGGUGAUAUUUUGAGAAACCUUUGAGUUUUAUUGUUAUAAGACAAUAGUUUUCUGAAAUCACGAAUUUGAGCUAAUUUAGUGUUUGCUUAUUUCAGUUACAGAAACCAAAUGGCAAGUAAAAAGGAUUUUACAUUUACAUAAUUAAUUUUAUAUUUAUGUUUUACUUCUAUUUGUACUUACAGAUAUAGGCCCAAUAAUUAGGGGUUCCUGCUGCCCAAUGCAGGGGGGAAUAAAAAGGUUAGGGAUUGGUUUAGGGGGAUGGGAAAGUUCAAUAAAUUCAUUUCUGUUACAAGCAUCUUUUAUACAUAUUACUAAAGAGAACAGAGUAAGAAAUGCAAAUAAUAGUUCUUUAUUUUAUUAUGACAGUUAAUUAAUAGCAACCUGUUUUAAUGAAUAAAGUCACUCAGAGUCCUUCAGCACUUCCUAAGUAGAGGCCAGAAUCUGUAGGGAUUCUUUUCCCCCCAAUUGUAGAGCUCCUAGACUCCAAGCACUAUAUAGGCCCCUGUAUAGAAAUGCUCACUAAUGAAGAGGGAGGGCUAGAAGCUUGUCUGCAUUCAAAGAUCACUGGUGAGUCAUUCAGCAAGAAAAGGCCCCUUACCAGGAAUAGUCACAGUUCCGUGGCAUUGUACUAGCAAAAGGGUCUGAUCAAAGGUCUCCUGUGGAGCUUGCAUGGUUCCCUUUCAUACUACGACCAUAAUUAAAACCACUAAUUCUCUUUUAAAAUGCUGCAGGAUGCCAUGUAGGCAUCUGUCUGGAGUGUCCUUUGUGAUGUCAUAAGCUGUUAAGGACCAGUGCCGAGGGCUUUUGAGUGAAAUGCCAGUCAUGAAGGUGCUUCAAGACAAGGGUGCCUCUAAAAGCUUGACAGGGCCUUGACUGCACAAUUCGAGCUGAAUUUGCCCCUUGUCAGCUGCCAGUAAAUAAAUCUCAAAGGGGGAAAAGCUGAAGUUUCAUUACCUGAUCCAUGGGGCUUUGUUGGUUUUGGCAUCACACAGGGGAAGCUCUUGCCCCACCAUUCUCUGGAUUUGAAGAUGUCCAUUGGAGCCUGCAGUGCCUGGACAGGGUUCAGAGCGGAACCUUUUGAAGAGUGUCAAUAGUUGUAACAGUUCAGCUGUUAGGAAGACAAAUAAAUGGAGGAGCUCAUUAAUCCUCUUUUGGCUCUCAGUGCCUUUUGCCCUUUUAUCACAGCCUUAUUAGGCUCCUACUCAUCUUGAACCAGAAAAAAAUGAAUUGAAGUUGUUGAGUACUAAUUGGCAAAGACUUUUAAUCAUGGGCCAAGAACUUUCACUGACUUGAAAGUAACUUCUCCACAGGGAAGAGCCAAAAACCUGGUUUACCUUAAAACAAAAACCUGUUGGAGUUCAGUGUGGUGUAAAAAUUUAGGGAAGCACUGAUAAAUUGUGUAAGUUUAUCCACCUGAAAGAAAUUAUAUAAGAUUAUGAUUUUCAAUUUUAAGGGGGAAAAGUAUAAAAAAAUGUAUUGUCUUUUUUGGUUCAGAAAAGGGACUGCAUGCCUAGUGCAGUGACUGUUUGCUUCUGAGCAUCUUCACAUAAGUAUGAAUGUUCAUCUGAGCAGCUACCAACAGAUCAUGUUGGAGAAACCUUAUUAAAAGUUAUAUUCUAUAAAUAACCUUGAGAGUAGCAGUGAAGACAUAUUUUUGAUAAUACAUAUAUAUGUAACUCUGUACUAAUAUGUUUCAUUUAAUUGUUGAAUCAUACACAGAUUAUUCUGUAUUUGUGGAGCAGGAGCUUUGGACCACUUUUGCUUUGAGAAAGCAAUAAUAUAUGGCCCAAAGUAGAUAGAAUCAUGAUUAUUUAAAACUCUAAAAACCAUUGGUAAAUGUAAAAAAUGUAAACUGAGCUGAGAUCUAGGGAUGUUGGACUUCAUUUCCAGAUCAACUGCACUGAAGAAUUCUUUCCUGUCUAUUGUGUGAGUCUGAACAAGUGGCUUUUUUUUUUUUUCUUAACUUUCCUUGAGUAGUGCACAACACCAUAAAAUCUGGUAGAAUGGGUUUCUUUUGGUGUAACCCUCACCCCAUAUUGAAGAGGAUGUGAAGGAGAUGGCUUCUCAUGCAGGAUUUGGCCGGCAUUCUCUAGAAGUGUCCCAGGAGUGCUGUGGGUUGGCAGGAUGACAGGAACCCCACAAGGCCAACUUCUGCCUGGACUUUGGCCUGAAGAGCAAGUGGGAGCCAGCAAAACUGUCUGCCUCUCCACAUGCUGCAGCGCUCUUCUGCCUGGCACCAAGGCUGUCACACACCAGAGGGCAAGUGGAGAGAAGGACAUUGUGGCUUCCAUGCUGCCUAACAACCUACCAAGUGUGUUCGACUCCCCAUCCUUUCCUGUUCCCUCUGGUGGGAGUAUGCAUGGUUCUUGUUCACUUUCCUUUUUUCUUUGUUUUUUCAAAAGAAUCCAUUUUUUUAAAAUACCUUUCUUCUAUUAGUCAAAAUGCAGCUAAAAUAGAAGGAAAUUGAUUGCUAGUGUACUAUUUUAAAAACUUACAAUAGAAAUUUUGAAGUGUUAUUUCUGCCCAUAUUCUUAAUGUUUUCCAAUGAUGUAACCAUGAUGUUUAGCCAUUAUCAUAUUAAAGCCUAUUUUGAGUGUUAAAAGUUAUUGUUAGGAUACCCUGCUAAUAACUUGAAGUCAUCAGGCUAGGAUAUAUAAAGAAUAGAUGUUUUAAUUCAUGUUUUAAAUGUUAAACAUUGUGAGUCUUUCAUCAUAAUUCUCAUCAAUAUCCUUCAGAAGUUAAUAAUUUAAUGCUUUUAAUAAUCAGAAAUUUUAAUAAAGAUUAUUAAAAAUGAA